GGAUUGGUCGAUGCUGCUACGAUUUUGAAUGCAGAGGAGCAACGAGAGUUGCAGAGCAGCGUCCAUCCUGUCAAGGAUGCUCUGGCCAAGAUACGAAAGUUAUCAUAUAAAAUAAUACACUCUACCACAAAAAUCCUUCCUGCAUGGUAUGAUAUUCUGACAGAACUCGAGAUGUCGACCCGGAUGUUGCCUCGAGACGUUUCGACAAGGUGGAACUCAACAUUCGAUAUGUUGGAGCAAGUGUUGAAGCACCGAGAGGCUGUCGACAGGAUAACGCAGUGUCGGGACUUGGGGCUGAGAGCAUUGGAGCUAACUGACAGAGAGUGGGCAAUCCUGGAGCAGUUGCGCGACAUUCUGAAGGUGAGUUUGGCCACUGUUGCAUUAAUACUUCACCCACAUCACAAGCUAGCUUAUUUCAAGCGCGCGAACUGGGGACAACAGUGGAUCGACACGGCAGAGACACUCGUUCGCAAUGCAUAU